ACUGAAGUGAAGCCUGUUAUUGAAAAAUCUUAGCUGUAUAAGUGAAGCCUGUAAGCAUUAUGGUAUCAAGUCCAGGUUCCUCAGAAUGAUCUCUUCAUAUAAUAAUGAAUUACUUUCACAGCUUAGAGACUUAUAAUUGGUGAAUAUUAUAACAAGUGUUUACUAGAGACAUGUCAAUCAACUCUUUUCCAUACUUAACAACAGUUUUAACAAUCAGACCAGAGGAAGUGAACAAAUAGAGGAAGAGCUGAAGAUGUUUAAUGGGCGAGUUGUGUCUGGAAACUAAAGAGAAGCUCACUGAGAUACAGCAAAUGGCUGAUAUGUGUAUAUCAAUAAUUCUCUCUUUUCUUCUCACAGGUGUUACUGGAGAGACUCAUGUGUUCAGUAGUUUAGGUGAAAAUGUCACUCUGGCCUGUAUUAAUGCUCUUUCUGACUGCACCUCAACUACAUGGAUCUACUUCAAACAUAGAUCAUCAAGUGGAGUAGAACUGAUUAAUGGAGGAAUAAAGAAGAAAAACAUAGCUGAGAGACUGAGUCUGGGGUCUGACUGCUCUCUGAACAUCUAUAAAACAACAGAAGAAGAUCAUGGACAAUACACCUGCAGACAAUAUGUGAAUGGACAAAUACAUGGAACUGAUGCACAGAUUUUUCUACAUGUUCUUCAUGUCUCUCCAUCAUCCACACAGACUGAGAUGAGAUCAGGCAGCUUUGUCACUCUCACAUGUCAUUUGUUUUCAUUUGAUAACACGUGUGAUGAUUUCUUCCGUAUUGAGGAUCUUCAGCUGUUCUGGGUGAAUCAGGCUGAUGUUAAUUUACAGACAGACUCCAGAUAUCAGAUAUUAUCAUCAGGACAAUGUAUCAGGACUCUGACUACAACACUCCUGAAUGAAGACAACAACACAGAGUGGAGAUGUUUGGUUAAAAUGAAGAAUGAGAUUAAGACCUCAGCCAGAUAUACUGUCAAGUUAAAUGGUCCAACUGAAGGCAGCAGGAUUUGUGUGUCAUUAUACAGAGUAAUUAUAGUGAUUGUUGAGAUCAUAGCAUUCACUGCUCCUACUGUGAUUCUUCUUCAGAUCAUCUGUACAGGAAGAGCUGGAAACAGAAGAAGGACCACAUAGAAGACACAGUGAUAUCAACAAUUUUAUUAUAAAAUACUCCCUUUACAAAUUGCAACAAUACAUUAAAAAUGUUGAUAGAUUUUAUAUGUAUCCGAGUAAUGCUUUCAAAUGCAUAAUUUUUCAGCAAUCCAUAAUUUAAAUCUCUGCAUUAAAUAUGGUAACAGACAGACUCAGGCUCUGUUUGUGUAAUGUAGCUGAAUUGAGUCUUGUUUAUCUACUUCAAUCUGUUUUGAUUUUGCAUAAUUGCUGCUUAUUUAUUUAUUAAAAUUCUGGACUCCUAACUCAUUAUGUCAUCUUACAGCAACU